CCACUACGCGCGUGAAGAAUUUAAGGCUAGCACGUGUCUGCCCCGAGAUUUCCAGGAUGAUCAGAUCGUCGUCCUUGCACAGAAGGCGUCAGGGCACUUUUUAUGGGUCGUCACCAUUCUGAAACACAUCAGCACUUCGCCUUGGAAGAAGGAGAUAUUGAGAGAUACUAUUAGCUCGGCUCGCUCACAUACAUCCUCGGAAGAGCAACUUGAUGCUGUGUACCAGCGAGUGCUCGACGAUGUCUGCGAGGAUUCUGCGGAACAGACGGAUACGGUCAAACUACUCCUUGGACUCGUUUUCGUGACAUCGAGAAACAGACCGAUACCCGCGAGGGCGCUGUAUACAUUUGUCCCUUCCGAUAUCAGACUCGAGGACUUUCAAAGCAUGCUGCAGGGUUUAGGCUCAGUUCUCUACGAGGAGUCUCAAACAGGUGUUAUUCGAGCGUGUCAUCCCUCAUUUUUGGACUUUAUCGGGAGUGCGAGAGCGAAGCGAUAUGAGGUUGAAACAGCAAUAUUGGACGCGAAUAUGGCGAAGAAGUGUCUCGAUAUUAUGGCUUUUGGACUCAAGUUCAACAUUUGCAGUCUAGAAUCUUCGUAUCUUCGUAAUGAUGAAGUUCCUGAUCUAUCAGAGCGCGUUGACCGCGAAAUUUCUAAACAGUUGCAAUAUAGCUGUCUCUACUGGUUGGACCACCUGUCCAGGUCUCAACUCGAUGGAACAGGCAGAAUAUCAAUAACGGAGAAGCUUCGUGAGGUAUUUUGCCGGUUGAAGUCAUUGUAUUGGCUAGAAGUGUUGAGCCUCAUGUCCGAGCUAAAGACGGCAGUAUCGAGUCUUCGAGACGUUCCUCGUUUGCUCAAGCUCAUAAGCAUAGACGACGAGCUAGGCACCAUCAUGAGCGAUUUAUACCGGUUUGCAAUGGCAUUCCACGAGCCGAUGGCAGUCAGUGCAUCACAUAUUUAUAUUUCGGCCCUACUCUGGGCGCCGUCCGAGUCUGUCAUUGCGCAAUUACACCGCGGAAUUUUCACCAGUAGCAAGUUAGUUUUGGAAGGGCUCGAAAAGCAUUGGCCAAUUAUGUUGCGAACGUUAUCGGUAGGGUCUGAGGUUUACUCAGUGGCAUAUUCGCCGGACGGACGUCACAUCGUCUCUGGAUCUCUGGAUAAUGCCAUUCAUGUCUGGGAUGCCGCAACCGGUAUGCCUGUCGGUGAACCAUCCCAGGGACAUGAGAAAAAGGUCAACUCGGUUGUGUUUGCCCCAAAUGGAUGUCGUAUCGUCUCUGGAUCUGAUGACUGCACCGUUCGUAUCUGGAAUGUUGAAGCUGGUACGCCUCUCGGCGAACCACUUCAUGGGCACAAAUUUCAAGUCCUUUCCGUCGCAUGCUCUCCGGACGGGUGCCAUGUCAUCUCUGGAUCGUGGGACAAGUCUAUCCGUAUCUGGAACACUGAUACGGGUGCUCCUGUUGGUGAACCCCUCCGUGGUCAUAAUGGCGUUGUAAACUGUGUCGCGUAUUCCCCAGACGCGCGUUACAUCGUCUCUGGAUCGUACGACAGCACGGUGCGCGUUUGGGACGCCGCUACUGGUAGACCCGUGAGUAGACGGCUUCAAGGGCAUAGCCAACAGGUUAGCUCCGUCGCAUAUUCCUCAGACGGACUGUACAUUGCCUCUGGAUCGCACGACAAUACCAUUCGCAUCUGGGAUACUGGUUCAUACAAACCAGUUGGUGAGCCGUUUCGUGGUCACAAAAGUGCUGUCAAUUCUAUUGCAUAUUCUCGAGACGGGCGCCGCAUUGUGUCUGGAUCUGCUGACAAGACUAUCUGCAUUUGGGACGCUAAGACGGGCAUUCCGAUCAGUGAACCGCUCUGUGGCCACGAAGGUUUUGUUGAGUCCGUUUCAUAUUCGCCGGACGGUCGUCACAUUGUCUCCGGGUCUGUUGACAAGACCAUCCGCAUCUGGGAUACCGAGACAGUUACGAGUACCCUUGUUCCCUACACUUUGGAGGGCCAGAGUGUUGACGCUACGUUGAGUGAUCUUAUCAAUCUCAUCCGGGAUACCAGGACUGGUGAAUUGUACCAAGGGCAUGAAGAUAACACUGAUCCUAUUGCCUAUUCACCAGAUGGACGUUACAGUGUCACUGGGUCUGAUGGUUGCACCAUCCAUAUCUGGGAUAUUGAGAUGGAAGCACCCGUGGGUGAGCCACUCCAAGGACAUAAUCUACCUGUCUGUUCCGUUGCAUUCUCCCCAGACAGUCGUCAUAUUGUUUCCGGGUCAGAAGACGCAACCAUGCGUGUCUGGGAUGUUACGACUGGUGGUAUUAUCGGUGCACCACUUCGAGGGCAUGAAGACCGAGUCCAUAUUGUUAUUUAUUCGCCGGACGGACGUCACAUUGUUUCUGCAUCAAAUGACAAAAGCAUUCGCAUCUGGGAUGCCGAAUCCAGCAUCCUUGCAGGAGACUUGGACCAAGCCCAGGAUGGUUGGAUUGGAUUCUCACAGGAUGGGAAGUAUACUUUGACUAAAUCUAACAGAGAUAAUAAACUUGUGAGAAUUCCUCCAUUUAUUCACAUUGAUGGAUGGAUUCGAACCUCGGAUAGCAGACUUCUGCUGUGGGUUCCUCAUGAAUAUCGAAACAGAGUUUGUGAUAUGAGCCUUGCUUCCUUUUCGCACUAUGCACCUAGCCACCCUGUGAGGAUCGAUUGGGCUAGACUACCACAUGGUACAACAUGGACAUCUGUAAAGAUAGAUAAUUAG